AUGGCAGCGGACGGGCAGACGGGACCAAUGGAAAGUUAUCAGGCGGUGGUCCAGUCUGGCGAGGUACAGGAGCUCGAGUACGGGCAAGCGGCUGGGUACCCGGAGGUGAUGGAGGUUUGCGGGACACUCGCGGGGCGCGAGGAGCGCAACAAACGGCCGGCAAAGCGGGCACCGCUGGCGUGCUUGCGCUGCCGGCGGCGGCACGUGCGGUGCCCCGGGGGGACGCCGUGCGCGAAGUGCGCGGUGGCGAAUAUCGCUUGCGAGUACCUGGAGCCCAGCAAGAAGCUGAUAGUGUCGAUGAAAUACCUGCAGCGGCUACAGGAGGACUUGGCGCGGGCCCGGAAGGAAAACGCGGCGCUGAACGCAGCACUGCGCGAGGAGCGGGGCGAGGUGGAGAUGCAGGCACGGACGCUGGCGGCUGAGGCGGAGGAGGGGAUCCAGUUCCACCGCAACACGGUGGACGAGGAGGACGAGGUGGUGCCGGACUUUGCUGAGCGGCGGGGGCGGCUGGUGGAGUCGCGGAAGGGGCAGCGGUACUUCGUGGGCUCGUCGUCGAUGACGCUCUUCGGAAUGGAGGUGCAGUCGCUGGUGCCGGAGGCGCUGCAGCGCGACCGGGGCGAGUUGGAGAGCCCUAUUCUAGGCGCCGCGAGGCUGGCCGCGCCGUCUGCGGUGGAUCAGCAGGCGGAGCGGGUCACGCUCGUCCAUCAGGAUGACAACUCCACCUACAAGCUGGUGCUGAACGGUAGCUAUGGUGGCACAGAGGAGCUCGAACUGCACCUGCGUCUGCCGCCCUUUGCCUACGCGAUGCUUCUUGUCGAUACCUUCGUGACCUACAAUGAUGGCUGCUUCUACUUCUUCAACGAGGGCAUCGUGAAGCACAGCCUGCGGCGCAGCUACGCUGGCCACGUGGCUUACCAGGACUACACGCUACAGGCAAUGUGGCUAUGUAAAGUCUUUCUUAUCUUUGCAAUAGGCGAGAUGUAUCUGGGGACCGCGAACUGCGAUCUAAAUGAACAUCCGUCGUCGCGGCGAAGGUCAACGCUCCCGGGGUCCGGCUUCUUUGCGCAUGCCGCGCAGCUCUUUAGCAUUCUCUUCUCAAGCGAAGGCAUUGAGAACGCCACUGCCGAGGGCGGCAUCGAGAUCAUGCUACUCUAUGCCUUUUACCUGCAGGUAGCGGAUCGCACUGUACCUUCUUACUUUUAUUUCGGCGAGGCGCUGCGUGCCUGCCUAAUUCUGGGGUGGCAUGUGGAUGCACAACGUGAUGUGCUGACUCGUUUCGAGCUGGAGCACCAUCGAAGGCUGUGGUGGACUGUGUACAUGUUUGAGCGCAUGCUGAGCAGCAAAGCGGGUCUUCCCCUCAGUUUGUCAGAUAACACCAUAGCGACUGAACUCCCGGAUGACUUUGACAUGUCAAACCCUCCGCCAGGCUGCGAGCACUACAUAUUUGCGGAAGCCGAGUACAUUACCCAUUGUGUGCGAAUCACUCAGGUGAAUGCGCAGAUCUUGAUCAAGCUUUAUCAGAAACAGCCGGAUUCGAAUAUUCUUCCUAUCAUUAAGGAUAUCGUCAUGCAGCUCUUGGAAUGGCGGGCAAAUAUGUCGGCAUUCCUCCAGGUUGACUUCACACAGAAGGAACUCAAGAUUUCGAGACUCUGCACGAAUAUGUUCACAGAAUACUUCCAAGGGUUGAACCUCGCUAUCAGACCGUUGCUAUUCCAUUUUGUUUCAAAGCAACUGGCCAGUUUUCAGGAAACAAAUACGUACAUUAACCUAUCGAAGUAUUCAAAAACUAUCUCCUCCUUAUUAAAUUGCUCGUUGCAGGCCUCCAUCAACUCAAUUCGCUCUUUAUGGGUUCUUAUGGGGGAAAAUAUGGUUGCCCUGUUUGGAUACAUGGACAGGGAGUAUUUAUUUACAUCAGCAUGCACUUUGAUAUUUUUUAAUGCUGCCUUUGGUAUCCACGAACAGACAUAUCACCAUCUAGACCAUGCUCUGAGGAUAUUUACCAAGAUGAGGGACCUAGGUAACCAUCCUGCAGGCCUUAGAAUGGCACAGUUACUACGCCUAAUGAUCGAUUUAGAUUUUCACGAUGUUAUGAAGGAUUUGAUCGCCAAGCAUUCUGACAGCUCCCGCUGUGCCUCGAGCUCUUUUGACCAGCCACAGGCUGAAAUAGACACGCUUAUGCAGCCAAGACCACAGUCACCAACAGCGAGUACAACAAGCAGCUCCGCAUUAUCAACGGAUUCCGUUGCGCCUGAUAUGACUGAAUUGUCAAAGCAUGAAACGCUGACCAUAGAGAAAAAUGUCAGUAGAUUAGAUUUGCAAACCCUAGAUAUGCAUGAAGAUUUGCAAGAGCUUUUGGAUAACUUAGACGAAGUAGGCAAAUCAGAUGAUCAGCUGUGGAAGGAAGUGACGGAUCAGGCGAUGUGGCUAGGCAGCUCUAUGGACCCCACUUCUGCAUUAGGCAAUGAAGCGGACUUCUAUAGGUCCAACUCUACCCAAUUCAAGUGA